AUGGCUAGUUCAUCGACACCAUUGUUUGUUGAGGGUCAUUGUACCACUAGUCCCUCAUUGUUUAGUGGUACAAACUACACACAAUGGAGAAUUAGAAUGAGACUCCACAUUAGAUCUAUAGAUGAUAACUUGUGGAACAUAGUUGAGCAAGGGAACUUCGUUCCCAUGAACAACUCAACGGGUCUUGCCAAAGAGGAAGAACAUUAUACAGCUGAAGAUGAAAAUAAAUUGAGCUUAAAUGACAAAGCACUUAACAUUUUGUUUUGCCCUCUUGAUUCCAUAGAGUUUAUAAGAGUUUUGGCAUGUGAAACAGCUAAAGAUGCUUGGGAAAUUCUUCAAACCUCUCAUGAAGGAACAAGUCAAGUGAAGGAAUCAAAGAUUGAGAUGUCAUUCCAUGACUAUGAGUUGUUUGAGAUGAAAACCAAAGAAAGCAUCACCGACAUGUACAAGAGAUUCUCCAACUUGAUAAAUGAUCUCAAAGGUCCUGGAAAGAGUUUUGUCACUCUUGAGCUUGUGAAGAAGAUUCUUUGUUCAUUGUCGGAAAGUUGGACAAUGAAGGUGACCGCGAUUGAGGAAUCAAAAGAUCUCACCAAAAUGAAAAUGGAUGAGGUCAUUGAUAGCUUAUUAACAUUUGAGAUGAAGAGAAAGCCAAAAGAGGAAGAGAAUAAGCCAAAGCGGGGGAUUGCCCUCAAGACUGUGGAUGAAGAAGAAGAUGGUAAUGAUUCUUUUAUGGAAGAAAAUGAAAUCAACUUCUUAGCAAAGAGGUUGGAAGGAACAAAAGAUUGUCCCCAAGCCAAAUGGAAGAAAAAUGGUAAGAAAGACAAAUUCUACAAGAAAAAGGUUUUUUCCACCACAUGGAGUGAAAGUGGUGACUCAAGAGAUGAAGAUGAAUCAAAUGAAGAGCAAGCCAACCUUUGUUUCAUGGCCAAAGAAGAUGAUUCAGAAAGAGACUUCGAAUCCAAGGUAUGUCUUGAAGCAACGAAAUUGGGAGCAAACAAAUGGUUCAUUGAUAGCGGAUGCUCAAGACAUAUGAUGGGAGACAAGAGCUUGUUCACCUCAUUAAAGCCAAAGAAUGGAGGAAAUGUCACUUUUGGUGAUAACUCAAAAGAAAAGAUCAUUGGCAUUGGUUCUAUCAGUAACAAGUCUCUAACCAUAAAUGAGAAUACAAGAAAUAAUAAUGAAGAAGAGAUUGAUGAGAUGAUGAAAGAACUAGAGAUCAAUGAUGAAGCAUCCCCAUCAAAUCCAAACAAAGAAGAAGAACAUCAAGAGGAGGUUGAAAAUGAAGAUAACACCUUCAUGGAAUCUCAAAGAACAAUAAGGGAGAUUUCUUUUCCAAGAGUGAGAGAUGAAGUGAAAGAUGCACAAAUAAUUGGAGAUCCCACUUAA